CCAUGUUACUAGAUCGUAAUUUCAAUCUCAGCCAUAGGUAGCUAUAAUGAACAAUAUAUUAUAUCAAACUUAGUUUAACACAUUUAAAAUCGGCUCCUUACUUCAUUGAAUUGUGUUAUCCUGAAAGUAGAACAUUUUAUUUUUAUGCCUGUCUAUUGAAUAGAACGUAAACAACAAAAUAAUAAAGGAAUAUUUGUGGUAGUUGUGGUCGAAAUUGAAGACAACAGACAUGGGUACACCUCCUAGGGACAAAAAUCAAAUGCCUGGGUAUAUGGUGGUGUGGUUCUACGUUACAGCCGUCAUUUGUACGAUAGAUGCUAGUUUUAUAGUGUUCAGACCACGAACCUUGCCCGGUGGAGACCUCAGCAAAUUCUUCAGUUUUUACCAGUAUUACAUUUACACGGACCAGAGGUACAAUGACGUCGGAGAUUCUUACGUUUUUACACAAAGUUUAAUGAAUUAUGUCGAAGUCGUCCUCAAUAUCAUCACCCUUAUAUGUCACUACAGAAAGAUGAAAGACACAAGACUCCUUGCCUUUACCGUAUCUGUGAUGACAUUUUGGAAAACGGUGCUUUAUAUUCUUAUGUUCUAUGAACUUGCGGGCGGCAAAGAUUACAGAGUCGGGAAUUCACUUGUGGAGGAAAUAUUUAUUGUUUUAUUUCCAAACGGAGUAUGGAUUGUUUUACCAUUGAUAUGUAUGGUGGAUUUAUGGAGAGGAUUUCUAAAGACAGAGACAAAAACAAAACUGAGAUAGGUUUUAUGUCAUUAGGAAUUAAACGAAGGAUGUGUUUUCACGGUCCAUCGGCUUUGACUUGUAUUUCAAUUAUAAUUGUUUUAAAUGGAGGUCUGCUAAGUCAACAUUAUACACUGCUUUGUUUCACACAGAUAAUCCUAUUCAAAGACUAAUGCAACCUGGAAUUGAUUUUGAAAAUAGUUCAUUAUCUUACGAUAUACGGACGUGGUCUGUCCGUAUCACUUUCACUGUCCUUGCAGAUUAAAGGGAUUUGUCUUGAA